ACACUAAUGAAUUUCCUCUAUUAUGAAUUCUCUCUUUUACUUGAAAAUAUAUUUUCUUUCUCGACUACUUUGCUUUACUUUCCAAGGGAGUUUUCUUUUACGGUGAAAGUGAUUUCCCGGUCGCCAAAGAAAAAGAUGGGGUGGGUGCACCCUGAUAUAAGCUUGGAGGAAAUGGUGAAACUGACAAAAGGGUUUGUAGAUAUACUGAUUUUAGCAUCUGGGUAUCAGUCUUCUGGUCGUAUUGCCCACUGGGACGCCCAAAACAUCAAGAAAAUCUUCCACUGGGGCCUCUUCUUCGAAAAUGUGUUUAGCCGUUUGAGUGGCUCAGAUGCUUACCAAGACUCGGUGGAGGAACUUGAUGCAGCUCUAUCUGAAAUGACUUCUGAUGCGUCUUUCCCUCAGGGUCUUGCACAUUUAUCAUCUACUACUCUUGCUAAGGCGCGUGGAUAUGUAUUAGAACAUCUUGUCCAUACUUUACCUUUGAGGGUUGCACAUCUCAGAGAGUUUCUGACUGCAGUUAUUGAGAUGGAGCUUGAUGAGCUAUUAGAAACGGAGCAUGAUUGCCUAAAUGCAUAUCUGAAGAAAUUGACUCUGCAGAAUAGUUCACUUAUUUCAGUUCCAGAUGAGAAGGAUUUUUUGAAGGAUUCAGUUAUUUCAUCUCGGGAAAUGGCUCCAAUUAAGAAGAAUGAAAAAAGCAUUGGUGAUGAUCUUACAAAGUAUGCUCUGCAAGAGAUUUUGAAGAGGAAGUGUGCAGUGUCUUGCAUAUCAGCAGUAGAGACAGGCUUAGAUAUUAUUUUGAACACCAUAAGACAUAACAGUGAGUCUGACAAUAAGUUACUCAAUGAACAACUAAAGCAUGAAAAAGCUCCAACGAAUGUAGAACCAUUACUGGAGUUUAUCACAUGGAAUCACUGGAAAUCAAGAAAUCUCUCAUAUUUUCUUGAUAAGAGAACUGUUAGAUUAGUCUCAGGUGCCAGCUUGAUAUUUUCUGCUCCUAAGGUUCAGUGGAUACAAGUUUUUCAGGGACUGAAUGUUUCAGCCAAAAGCAGUGAUAAUGGUUUUAGUGAAACAAUUGAGCUCUUGUUACUUGGAUGCAUUGCAAGCAGAUGGAAUUGUCUAAUUGAACAUUUCAUGCAUGUUUCGUAUUAUUCCCUUGCUAUCUCAGAGCAAUAUCAUGAGUUGUGCAGUUUAGUUUUUGGAAGAUCUCAAAGUCUUAAUUCUACAGAUGAAGCAAUGAUUUCAACAAUGAUUUCAAAGGAAAGUAGCAUUCUUGAUUAUCUGACUGGAGUGCUGGGUGGUCAACUACAUCAACUAUGGAAAUUAUCCCCUGCCCUUGCAGCAGCUGCAAUUCCAUCCUGGUCACCAUUUUUAAGGUUGUAUUUGAGCGAAAUUGAGACUCAGUUCAAAGGAAAAUUUUCAAUGACAAGAUGCUGCAAUUGUUCUAAAGAUACGGAGGAACACAAGGACUGUGAACUUGCUGAGAGAAUUUGGUGCCUCUACAUCUUUCAUGUACUGGGCCCUCAUCUAAAGCAUGAUGCCAGUAGUGCUUGAUAGUUGGCUAGAUUACUUGCUCAAAAUGUCCAUAUGGAGAUGAGGUGACUUUCCUUUGGAGGAUACAGAUCAACAAAAGGGAAAAAAAAAAAAAAUUUUUAAAAUUGCAUAAUAAAGCUACCCCAUGCAAUCUAAAUGCAAUGCGUAGGAAGGGAUGUGUUUCUGGCUAUUUCAUAGGUAAUUUAGAUAUGGACGGUGUGAUGAUUUACGUAAGGAAGACCUCAUCCUACUGCUUUAGUGCUUUUUCUUUGGUGACUCUUCUGGGGAAAGUUUACCAUAUCUUUGAGUAAAAUAGAAGAAAAGAUCACAAAAAACAAACAGUGCCAACUUUUUUUAAGGCUAUCUAUUCAAAAAAGUGCUCAAUCACCACUACUGAUGCUACAUCACUAAAGCCAAGUCUUCAACACUCUCUCUCUAAGCUGGGGCCGUUUCUGACUGGGGAAAAGCUAAGUUGGAUGGAUAGAUGAUGAUAAAGGGUCCUUUCUCUAAUGGAAUGGUGACAUGUAUGAUGCAAUGCUUGCUAAUAAAAGUUGACAGUUACAAGUUGGAAGUGUAAUCUUUAUGUUUUCUCUGGAGUAUAAGACUCUUGGUGCUUCACUACCUCUAGUUCUAGCAAUACAAGCCCUCAUUGAAAUUAGUGGGAAUUUGGAGCUAAAAUGAAAAUAUCAACCAUGUGUAGCUUCAGGAGAAUGCAGUUCUGGAAGUUGAGGAAGAGAAUUGCAAGUGCUGGGUCUGGAUUCACACUUUUGAGUGGCAAAAGAAGAGCACCAUUGGAUUGUUGCCAUGGAUCAUAUGUGUUGAGGCAGUUGGUUUGGAAGUUCAAGUCACAGUGGAAGCAAGCUUUGAAUCAGCAAAGGAGCAGUGCACAGUACAGCUAUGAUCUUCACAGCUAUUCUCUGAACUUUGAUGAUGGUUUGCCUCAUGGUUUCAGAUGACUCUUCUUUUUCCCUUUUAAAUAAGUAAUAGAUUACUUGCCCACAACAAGCAAUAAACUGUUCCAAGUUUUUUUUUUAAAAUUGUUUCAGAGGCCAUUUGAGGCAUAUACUGUGCACAAUGUUUGAUUGAAGAUAUUGGAAUAAUAUGUGAAUAAAAGAAUUCUUAAAGUUAUGCAA